CGAUUUACCGUAUGGCCAGAAAUGCAGCGCAGGCUAUGUGUGUGUGGGAUAAAAUGAAAAAUGAAAUGAAGCAUAGUCAUAUGCAGUUGUCGCCUCAAACUUGGUUUGAUUGCAAGCAGCACAUCAGUGCUACGUUUGACAGUAGGGGUCGCCUGCUGCCUUAACGGUGUGGUAACAUGGUGCGCUCUUUCUACGAUGUGCUGCAGGUGGAAAGAUGUGCUACGUUAGAUGAGAUCAAGCUGGCCUUUAAAAAGCGGGCGUUGCAUGUUCAUCCAGACAAAGGAGGGAGCAAAGAGGCCUUCCAUUUGGUGUACCAUGCAUUUGAGACCUUGGCUGACCCAGAGGCGCGGAGAAAAUACGACUGCCGCGCUGCGACUGGGAGCCAGGCCGCAUGUCACACGUCCAGUGGACACCAAAACAAAGCAGCUAAGAGGAGCCAACCAUCCGACACAACCAAAGCACCAAAGGCAAAAUUAUGUGAGUUCCAGCAGGCCAAGCUUCUGAGUCGAAUUCACGAUUUGUUGAGAGACUUGCCCCGAGAUGUCCGAAAUGCUGUGAUCAAGCAAAAUUUUUCACCAAAACAGCGACUGAUUCUGGAGAAGUGGAUGGUGGAUACAAAGGACCCAUCAACUGAAUCAGCACCUCAGCGGCCAAGAGCUACUGAAGACAUGGUUUCAAAGGGGGAUCCGCUGACGGCAUCACUGGCCUUGUCAUUGGUAGGUAUCUCCAACCUCCGGCCAAAGGUGUCCAAAAUGGCUCUUGCCAGGAAGAAAUCCAAAAGAAACAAGACAUUGCCAAAAAAGAAGAGGCAUCGCAGGACUGGUUGCAUCCAAGAAUCAGUUUCAUUUGGACGGUGCGUUGGCUACCUGACUAAGAUUAUCUUUGACGGAAUGGACAUCCGCACUGGGCAAUGCUCCGACUUGCAGACUGCCGUUGAUUGGGUGGUAAUUCUAACAUCUGUGAAACAGAAGAUGCAAGACCCCACAACAAGCAGCUCCUGCUUUGAGGAACGGUUGCGUGGUGCACUGAUGGAGUCCACGGCAGAGCAUGGUAGAGAUGUCGCAGCACUCAACCUUCGCUUCGCUGUUCAUCAAUCAGCUGGUUUUUUUCUCGGACCGCACAACUUUGUACGGUCCCCAACUGUUCACACCAUUGAAGAUCUAGGAAAGCUGCGCAGCUUCUUGGAUCCUUUUCGCCAAUAUUCCAGGCUGAUUGGUGGAGCUAGCAUGUUCUGGUGGUACAGUCCGGAGCACCUGCAAGAUGCAUGGCAAAAUUUUCAAAUGGCAGUACAAGGCGCAUGGGCAGCAGCAGGCGUCGACAGCACUGAGGUCCUGCGCCGAUUCUGUGCUCGCUAUGAUGGAACCAGUUCUAGCCGCGGCAGGCACUUGCGGAAUUGGGAGAGAGAGCACAUGGCACUGCAGGACAAGUUGAAGCAUCGGCCAAAGAAGUUACGAUACAAUUACAUUCCUCCCAAUCAAAGGCGGUCUUGUGAUUCCGGUGACCCCGUGCAUGCAGUGAAGAAGCCUCUUGUGACAUGGAAGCUCCUGCUGGAAAAGAAGGCACAACGGGCGGAGAAAGAGCGACGCAAAGCCGUACGCAAGCAGAUCAAAGCCCGUCAGGAGCGACUUUCGGAGCUAAAGCGGAUGCGGGACAGGGGCGAAAAGGUUUUUUCGCAACAUCAGGCUGCUUUCCAGGAAUCUAGGAAGCUGGCACCUCGUUUGGCCGCUCUACGAUGGUGCAGCUGUAUGGCAUGGGUCCGUUUCCGAACGCGAGCCGUCAUGGAGGCAUCCUCUGGAGGCGGCAACUGCAGUAUUCCCAACGCCAAAGCCUCUCAUGAUGCCUGUGAACAGGCAAAACGCUUCAUCUUCAAAGCCCUGGACAGUGUGGUGUCGGAGCCCAGAGUUCGGGUUCUUUUUGACUACGACCUGGUGGGUGAAGGAGUUUGGAGCGGAGGUGGUAAAGAACCUCUGCCAACAGAGAGCGAAGAUGAGUGGCAUCGCAGGUCCUGUGAGUUUGACCUCUGCCGCAUCGCUCAUCAGGUGGAGCGAGCACCCCCAGAGGAUGUGAAUAGCACCAUCCCAAGGCUCUUGGUGAUGCAGCCCUAUGGUACUCCGCACAAGCGCUUGCGGUUACCAGAGGUGGCGCGAAUGAUCCUCGAGCGGCACAACUGGUUCACCCAGGUGGAGAAUAUGCCACUGUUGAACCUGUGCUCCAAAUCUGCCAUCGUUGGGCCAAUUCUGCAUCUUGAAGUGCCUCCGCCGCCUGACUUUGAUUUGGAUGAUCCUGAGGUGCGAAGCAAGGUUGAACGAGGUGAAGACCUGGGAAAGGCGAAUCAGGAGGAUGGCUUGCCGGGUGCUCUUCACGGAUCUGUGGGGCUCCUGUAUGCAGCUUUGGCUUUCGAGGAAGAAAUUGUCAAUGUUCACUUCCAUCCUGGCUCACUGGUGCUGGAGGGUUUGAUGGAGAUGUUCCUCCACUAUGGCCCCAAGCUGCGGACCAUCAGCCUUCAGGGCAAUGCUGGCUUCAUCACUGAGGAUUCGCUGUCCUUGCUCACUCUAGCCGGCGACACGGUUAAAACCCUUGACCUGGAGAACUGUGAUCUGGAUCCCAGUUUUCUGGAGGGCAUCCUGAACACGGUGAAGAGUUUGCGAGCCCUUCAAGUUCUGGAGCUCGCAGGGAACAAGUUGGAUGGUCCCACAGCACUCCACAUGGUGGCUGCCUUAUGCGACAACCGCAUUGACCUCGACAUCCUGCGUUUGGAUGGAAAUCCCUUGGGCACUCCUGAGGUCUUCAAGAACGAGGUGGCCACCCUAUUGGCCACGCGUGGGGAAUCCGUGGUGGCUGGUGGUGAUUUGGUGCUCCAUGUGGGUGAUGAUGCCGUGCGCUGGUGCGCGGCACCAAAGGAAGGAAGUCUGGCGUGGCGCUUGCGCGAAGAUGGCGGGGAUGUGGUGCGCACCACAUCUUUGAAGGAGAUGGAUCGGAUGGUGGCCCAGGUUGAGAACCAGCUGCAGAAGUGGGAGGUGGCGGAUCCCCGGGCGGCCAAGAGCGCCGGUGGCCGCGACUGGCUGCGGAGGAAGCGCACGCACAACGCCGGGGUCUGGGCCUCGCCCGGGCUGCGCUUCUACCGGAAACAGCGGGCGUGGUUGGCCAGUCAGAAGGACUAG